CUACAAUCGGUUACUGAGCCGUUUUGAAAGAAUGACUGUUUUUAAGUAGUGUCAAUAGGGCCCCGACUAGAGAUGGAAGGUAAUUCAAACACCGUGAUGGAAGUUUCUGCCACUAAGCAGAAUAAUGGAAGUGUACCCCAGGAUUCACAGAAUGGGUUUAUGCAUUAUGCAAAUAAGAUGGAUGACGACACUUUUCAUGUGAGAGGUUUAUUUGAUGGGAAAGCUAAGGUACAAAAUGGAAGUGAAGAAGUUGAGGUUAGUAUAACUGAUAAGCAGAAUACUGGAAGUGUACCCCAAGAUUCUGAGAAUGAGUUUAUGCAUUGUGCAAAUAAUAUGGAUGAUGACACUUUUCAUAUGAGAGGUUUAUUUGAUGGGAAAACUAAGGUACAAAAUGGAAGUGAAGAUGUGGAGGUUAAUAUAACUGACUGUACAGUAUCUAGUGACCUUGCAUUGGUUGAAGCUGAAUGCCAGGACACAACUGAGAAUUCAAGUUCUUUUGAUAACUCUGUAUCUGAGACUCGAAAUGCCUCAACCUUGAGUGAUGUGGAAGUUGAAUCACCAUUUUGUGGUUCCAAUUCAUUUGCAUCAGUGUUUGAAGGAUACAACGGAGCAUUGCCUAUGAGGAAGAAGAAGUUGACAGAUCAUUGGCGUAGAUUUGUACGCCCUAUCAUGUGGCGAUGUAAAUGGAUAGAACUCCAAAUUAAGGAAUUUCAGUCCCAGGCACUCAAGUAUGAUAGAGAAAUCGCAGAUUAUGAUCAGAAAAAGCGGGUUGAAUAUGAAAAGUUAGCAUUAGAAGGUAUUGAUGCAAGGUCACGUCCAUUUUCUCGUCAUAUUCAAAGAAAUCAAGUCAUGAAGAGGAAGAAGAGAAAGCGAGUGGAAGAUACAACUGAUCUAGCGUCGUACAUGUCACAGCACAAUCUGUUCUCUUACUUUGACUAUAAGAGGUCUGCUGCUGACAGUGCUUGUAUGGAAAAUGAUUGUGGUAAUUUAGAUAAUAAGAUUGUCAAUGGAAAACAUGAGUUUGAGUUUGAUGAUGGAUGGCUGUCGCUUGAGUUUAAAGGUGUUGAUAAAUCCUUGGCGCAAAUUCUUUCAAAGAUUGAAGUGGUUCAAUCACAAGUUCGCCAACUGAAAAGUCGGAUUGACAAGGUGGUGAGUGAAAAUCCUGGAAAGUUCUGUUCCGUUAAUCGAUUGAGCUUGUUUGUACCAUGUGAUGCAUUGGCCUGUUCUGAUCAAAAUGCUGCUUCUCCUGAAAAUGGAAAUGGAAGGCGAGAUAGAUCAUUGUAUAUUUCUUCUCAGCAUAGAUCAGAGUGUAACAUGGGAGAUCUUUUUGUGCCUGGAAGUUCAGGUGCAAGUCAUGAAGAGGUGAUUCCUCUUCCUGAUACAAUCAGAAGAAGAGGUCAGCCUCAAAUUGGGGGUUCGUGUGAACAUAACAAGGAAUUAAUCCUGAUGGAUGAUCAGGCUUAUCAUGAAGACUUGCAGCUGAAUUUUGAAAGAGUAAUUAGUCGGUUCACAGAGAACCCACAGGUACCAGCUAGAAAUCUGAAUUCUGGUCCUCCUGUUAUGGCUCCAGAAGCUGAGUUGCCCAUAGAAACAUCUGUGCCUCACGGUCAACCAUCUAGUUCCAGGUCAAAUGUGCGUAACAACAAGAGAAAACAGGGGAGGCGAAAAUCACGCACAGGUAAGUGGAGUCGCAGAUCCUCAGGCUAGCUGGAUUACAAGUUUGAAGAUCAGUCUUGGCUAACUGUGUUGGAAAUGAAGUUGUUAAUGUGGCAUUUGGUUAUAAAUGUAAAUGCUGUUUAUUCUGUUGUAUAUACUCUUGACUCUUGCGCUGUAGAAAGAAAAAUGAUUUUAGAUUUUCUAUUCUAAUGAAAAUCUCUAUAUA